UAUGGCUGAAGGAAUGAACAAUAAAGGGUCAAGUGCAAACUUUCAAAGCUUUAAUCCAUGCAAUUUCGGAGAGGAUGCAAGUAUUUGGAGAGUUGAAAAAUCCAAAGUAUUUCCACCAUUUGCUCUAAAUUUAAAUUACCGACCUUUUACUCCAAUACCGACGCCAACUUCUCCUCCUCCUCCACCCCCUCCUCUACCAAGUCCUCUUCCUGCUAUGAGAUUUCUACCACCGAACCUCAAUUGCCAGCCAACGGCUAUUCCUAAAAUUGGAAUAUUCGGAGAAUCUAUCACUUCUACUCCUUUUAGCUAUCCUCAGGUCAUUCGUCCAUCACCACCAAAGUUCAACAUACCAUCAAGAAAGGACAACUCUGGUGCUAUUUUCUGCGUCUUCUGUAAGAAUAACAGAACGGCAUCGUCGACUUAUAUGUCUCAUACGAUAAGAGAUAACGACAAUAAAAUUACUUGCCCUCUUUUGAGAGCGUAUGUUUGUCCUGUUUGUUUCGCCAACGGCGAUAACGCACAUACAAUCCGAUAUUGUCCAUUGACAAUGUAUCCUCAUCUAUUACAACAUGUUACGUUUUCUCAUUGGGUAUCACUCCCAAUAAAAACUCAAAUUAGAUUGGCUACAUCGGCUAAGGAAAAUGGAUUGAACCUAAUUGAGCCUGUACAUCCUCAAUCUAAGCUGGCCCGAUUAGGCGAAUCUCCUCAGUACAAAAACAAAACUAUUGUCGAAGUUAUUACUAUGCUUAGAAAUAACGAAUUAGAACUUAUUUAA